AUCCGAAUCCCCUUCGCCACAAACAAACAUGCCACCAUCGCCAAACAAGUCAUCGAAGUCGAUCGAGAGCUUCAACCUCAUGCCGUGAAGCGAGACCUAUCCGUGGAGGGCGACGUUCUUAUUGCGACGUUUUCGACGCUGACGGUGCGACUUGCUCGAUUGACGCUCAAUGCGUUUUUGGAGAGCGUGGAUCUCAUUAUCCGAACCAUUGGGGAGUUUGGUGAAGAGGCAGAACGGAGACGGUCGUAG